CCAGGUUGCUUUGGCUACCCCUUGAGCAUCUUCUUCAUCGUCAUCAAUGAGUUCUGCGAGCGAUUCUCCUACUAUGGCAUGCGAGCGGUGCUCGUUUUGUAUUUCAAAUAUUUCCUGCAAUGGGAUGACAACUUGUCUACAGCCAUCUACCACACAUUUGUUGCUCUGUGCUACUUGACACCGAUCCUUGGAGCGCUCAUUGCAGACUCUUGGCUGGGGAAGUUUAAGACCAUUGUCUACCUGUCCAUUGUCUAUACAAUUGGGCAGGCAAUCAUAUCUGUGAGUUCCAUAAAUGACCUGACGGAUCACAACCACGAUGGCUCUCCUGAUAAUAUAAAGCUGCACAUUGCUCUGUCCAUGAUUGGCUUGAUCCUCAUUGCACUUGGUACUGGUGGGAUCAAACCUUGUGUGUCAGCAUUUGGUGGAGAUCAGUUUGAAGAUGAUCAGGAAAAGCAAAGAACUAGGUUCUUCUCCAUCUUCUAUUUGUCCAUUAAUGCUGGAAGUCUCCUAUCUACUAUAAUCACCCCAAUCCUCAGAGCUCAAGAGUGUGGCAUUCAUAGCAAACAGCGAUGUUACCCAUUAGCUUUCGGAGUUCCUGCUGCCCUCAUGGCUGUUGCCUUGGUUGUGUUCAUAAUUGGAAGCAGGAUGUACAAGAAAGUUCAACCUCAAGGCAAUAUAAUGAUUCAAGUUUCCAAAUGCAUUGCAUUUGCCAUCAAAAACCGGUUUCGGCAUCGCAGCAAGCAGUAUCCCAAGAGAGAGCACUGGCUAGACUGGGCGAGUGAGAAGUAUGAUAAACGACUGAUUGCUCAGAUUAAGAUGGUGUUGAAGGUUCUUUUCCUUUACAUCCCUCUCCCCAUGUUCUGGGCGCUUUUUGACCAGCAGGGGUCAAGAUGGACACUGCAAGCUACAACAAUGGAUGGGAAUUUUGGAGCUAUCCAGAUUCAGCCAGACCAAAUGCAGACUGUGAAUCCAAUCCUGAUUGUUAUAAUGGUCCCCGUUGUAGAUACUGUGGUUUACCCCUUAAUCAAGAAAUGCAAGAUCAAUUUUACGCCCCUGAGGAAGAUCACUGUUGGUAUGUUCCUUGCCUCUUUGGCUUUUGUUGCUGCUGCCCUUGUGCAAGUGCAAAUAGACAAAACUCUUCCAGUUUUCCCUGCAUCUGGGCAAUCCCAAAUCAAAAUAAUAAAUCUAGGUACUAAGAAUGCAACAGUUUCAUUUGGGUCUCCAAUUCAGAGUGAGACUGUAAUGCCUAUGCAGUCGACAGGCUACAUGACACAUGAGACUUCUCAGCUGCAAUCAUUAAUCGUAACCUCUGAAAACAAAACUGCACAUGUCAAGCUGACAGAGGGAAACCGCUAUACUCUUGCAGUUAAAUACACUGUGGGAAGCCUUCAGACUCCUUUGCUGGUUGACAAUGUCACAUCAAAACCAGAAGAAGGAAAUAAUCUCAUCAGGUUCAUAAACAAUUUGCCCGGCGCUGUCAACAUCACUAUGGGGGACACUUCUUUUGGAACAGUGAUGCCUCUUGCUGCUAGUAAUUACAGACUCUUUCCAGGAGGACGAAAAGAUAUUAUUACGGUUCAGCUUCUAACUUCAGAAGGCAAAUCUUGUUCAGAUACUUCACAAGCAUUUGGAUUUGGCAGUGCCUAUACAAUUGUACUUAACGGGUGUUCUAGAAGUAAUCUUACUGUAAUAUAUUCUGAAGAUAUCGCACCCAACACAGUCCAUAUGGCUUGGCAGAUCCCUCAGUAUUUUAUUCUCACAUGUGCAGAAGUAGUCUUCUCUGUCACUGGGUUGGAGUUUUCAUACUCACAGGCCCCAUCCAAUAUGAAGGCGUUGCUGCAGGCAGGAUGGCUGCUAACGGUGGCUGUCGGCAACAUAAUUGUCCUUAUCGUGGCCGGAGCAUCCAAACUCAGUGAGCAGUGGGCAGAAUAUGUGCUGUUUGCUGCCUUGCUGUUGGCAGUUUGCAUAAUUUUUGCUGUCAUGGCUUAUUUUUAUACCUAUGUUGAUCCAAAUGAGAUUGAAGCCCAACUUGAUGAGGAAGAAAAGAAACGAAUUGAAAAGAAUCAAGAAGGCUAUGAAAAGCAAGCUGAAGCUGACUCUCAGAUAUGAAAGGUGUAUUCAAGGAGUGUUUGUAAAUCACAGUAUCCUGUUAACUAUCCCUGCAGUAAGAGGAAUCAGGGUACCAGUAACAUCUCUGGAUAAUAUGUCCCAUGGGAGAGGUGAAGAAAAACUGAUUUAACUUAAAAUGCAGCUCUCUUGGGAAGCAAGAGGAAAAGAUUAGUCUCUCUUGUACUGAACAUGGUAUCCUGAAGAUAAUCCAGCAGAAUUUGCACUCUUAAUGUACCUCAAGCUUAAAUACUUAAAAUACUGAAAUUGCACUUGGCACUAUUAGACCCUGUGAAAAGAUGUAUUUUUAUACUGCAUUUCAAUUUUAUAUCAUGAAAGAAACAAGUAUGGCCAAGAAAUAGUAAUUGAAGUCAAACUCUCAGCAUCACCCCUCUAGCCCCUCACUGUUACUUGAAAGCAGCAGGUCACAUGUGCCUUAAAUUCUUUUGUACUUCCUUAGGAGCAAAGCUCUGGCAUUGUUCAGAUUAAAACACUGUCUUUGCUCCUAUUGGCAGUAAUGUGGGCUUGCACUGUAACAUAAUGUUUUAUGUGCGUGUUAAUUACCCAUUUAAUCCCUGUUAUGUUUUUAAAUGUAUUAAUGAAGUGUCCACUCAGGUAAACAGACAAUGGCAAAUGACAUUUGGCAUAAGCAACAGCAAUAAAACUUUUGUUGUAACAAAAUAUUGGAAGUGAAGUAUGAGCAUGACUUAGUUAUGGGUUAGCAAAACUUCGUACCACCUCUCUGCUGCUUCUUCAUACAUGCUCCAUCACCUGAAGAUAAUCGACCAGUGUAAGUCUUCUCUAUCUAACAUACCUGUAACACUCAUCAAAUUUAUAGAAGGGACGACUAAAUUUUGCUGCUUAACAGGAUUCUGUAGCCCUGUGGACCAUGUUUUGUAGAGCCAGCAGUCUGCAUAUGGUUUUGGAAAUUCCUGUUUUUAGAUCCACAUCCUAUACUUUCUCCAGCAGCUGGUUUGGACUCCCUGGCCCUUCCAGUAGUCUGGCCAGACUUUUAGCUGCUUUGAUACCUGGCUUCCAAUACUUUUAUCCUAUUUUACAGCAAGUGCAGCUUGUAUGUGCAGGUGGUCAGGCAGACAUACAUAUUCAAUCAACAUGCAUGUUGCUGGCACUGCAGAUACAUGGGCCCCUGUGACCCCUGGUUCCCAGUCCAGUUGCUGGCCUUUAGACCUCUGUGUAUGCAUGUGCACAUAGAA